CAUAGCUGCUGCCAGGCCCCUAAUCUGCCAUGGGCCCCUGUACCGCCUCCUCAUGCUCUGUGCUGCUGGGUCCCUUGUCUCAUGCCAUGUGCCACUUUCAGGUCUCCUCACACUGCUGGUGUGUUUCCAUUUUUUGUCAUAGGGUGCUGGCAGAUUACGGGCCUCCCAUAGCUGCUGCCAGGCCCCUAAUCUGCCAUGGGCCCCUAUACCGCCUCCUCAUGCUGCUGCCAGGUCCAGAGUCUCUCAUGGGUCCCUGUACGGCCUCCCAUUGCUGCUGUCUCCAUCGCCACACUCUGCCAUGUGCCACUUUCAGGUCUCCUCACACUGCUGCUGGUGUGUUCCAUUUUUUG